UAAUUCUCUGAACCGAAAAUCAUAAAAAUAAAAGCUUUGAUUUUUACGCAACUGCCAAAUCAUCCUCCAGCUUGUUUAUCUGAGGAAGUUGUCCAGGCCUGUUUUAGUGGCGUAAAGGCAAAUUAUAAGUCGCAAUUUGAAGUGGCUACAAGAUCAGUUUCACUCUUCACAUCAUCGCAUGCAUCCAGUUUGUUCCCGAUUGGUCCCUCCUCUUUCUGCAGCGCAUAUUCAUUGGCACUUCGAGCUGUCAAUCAAAGAAGGGACGCAUGUUUUGGUUUUCAGAAUUGAUGCUAUAGAAAACUCAUAAAAUUGCAGCUGAAACGGGAGAGAGGAUGCGGUCGGUAAGAACACAUUUAACAGCCUGUUGGACGCAGAAGUUGAGAGUCAUCAUCAUUCAAUCAAAAUAUCCUCUCUUUCUUGCUCUGGAGGGUUUAAAUAGGUAGAGGAAACGAUAAGGACUAUUAUAUUGUAUGGGGACUGACAUGCACACUUGGAAGUCAGAAGUCCAGAUGCAGAAAUCUGCAGCGCUUUUUGGGAUGGUCAGUCAUCAGACAGAUUUCACCGAGCUCACUUUCUCCAUGUUCAGCAGUAAAACAGACAUCUGCCCGAAACGCGUCCCUGCUGACGGCUGUGGCUCGAAUCCCGCCUCGAUACAGAUGCGCUGCGGAUCUGAAGAUCUCAAACUCCACACGCAUCACACCUCCAAACUUCACUGUUUCACCAUGUCACCUGGAGAGGUGAAUGGAGGAUGUAUCUCAUUCUCUUCAGAGAAGGAGAGCACUUCUGAGCUGACAGCGGAAGAAGGAAACUUGCUACGCUGUGGACAGAACCUGCCAGUUCAGCCUGGAGCCCAGUACCACCACAGCAGCCACUGUGAACAGCCCACACAAAAUCUUCACCUGCAGGAAAGCCCACACCGAGAUGCCAGGUCUGCUGGCUUUCAGACGGAUCUCAGCUCGUCGUCUCUGUCCGGUGGCGUCAAUGGGUGUCAUGCGUUGCCGUCGUACCCCAUCAAACAAGAGGGCUACAAGCUGGGAUCAUCCCUGGCCGACUUUUCAGGUGGGAUGGGAGCAGGUCGCAGGGAAUUGGACCGUCCGAGCAGCGGUGGUGGUGGCGGUGGCGAAGGUAACUUAGCAACCGUUCUGUCGUUGUCGGCAAUGGCGGUGACUGUGUAUCCAUUUAAUAAUGAAGAUGGCUCCUCCCCGCUGGCUUUGUCCCCGAGCUCGCGUCACUCAGCAAGGCCGAACGCGAGCGGACUGAAGAGACGCUGCCUCUCGGUGGCCUCCCAGUCAGCCUCGGAGGGAAUCGAUAUUGCCGCGAACAUCUGCUCCUCCCAGAUGUCCUGCGCUAACGGCCUGCGCACCAAUUCGUCGUCGCCUACCGCCGCCACGUUCUCCCACAAGCCUCUCCCCACACCCAGCCCUCAGCUGCCGUCACCUUCCACCUCGUCCUGCCUCCUACCCUUGUCCUCUUCGUCCUCGUCCUCCUCGGUGUCGUCGGUGGAGCAUUGCGAGGACGUAGGCUCCAUGCAGCCGGGGCCCGGCGUGGGUAGCAGCGACGGGCUUGGACUUCUCAUACAGCCCGGCGCUGUGCUGGACGGCUGUGCGGCGACGCUGAAACAAGAACCGGUGGAUGAGUUCUCUCCAAGUGAGGAGGAGCUCUUUCAGCAUCACUAUCACCAUCUGACGAGCCGCGGAAGCCACUGCGGUGGGCAUUCCCACCACCACCACCAUCACCACCACCACCAAACAGGCCCCCCACGGCCGCCCAUGCCCCCUCCCUACCACCUGCACCAGUACAUGGGCUCCGGCCCAGGAGCUCUACUGCAUCUUCAGAGCCAGCAGCAGUCUCCACCCUCAGGCCUGCUGGCACAACCCAAACCCACAGGCCUGGUCGAACAGCAGGUGGGAGACAGGGAGGAUGUAUUUAGCGAUAAGCAGGUAUGCCGAUGGAUUGACUGCAGCGCCGCGUAUGAGCAGCAGGAGGAGCUGGUUAGGCAUAUCGAGAAGGUCCACAUUGACCAGCGCAAGGGCGAGGACUUCACCUGCUUUUGGGCCGGAUGCGUCCGGCGCUACAAACCCUUCAACGCCCGCUACAAGUUGCUCAUCCACAUGAGGGUUCACUCUGGAGAGAAACCUAACAAAUGCAUGUUUGAAGGGUGUAACAAAGCUUUCUCACGGCUGGAGAAUCUGAAGAUUCACCUGCGGAGUCACACAGGAGAGAAGCCGUACCUGUGCCAGCAUCCGGGCUGUCAGAAAGCAUUCAGCAACUCCAGUGACAGGGCAAAGCACCAGCGCACACAUCUAGACACUAAACCAUAUGCGUGUCAGAUCCCUGGCUGCACUAAACGCUACACAGACCCCAGCUCCCUCCGCAAGCAUGUGAAGAUCCACUCGGCCAAAGAGCAGCAGGUGCGUAGGAAGCUAAGGGCCUGCCCCCAUUUAGAAUCAGAUGCCCUGAGCGAAUGUCUGUCAAUGCAGCAUCUGCAUGGCCCCGCCCCUUCCCAGCAUCCCCACUGUCCUGCCACCUCUCAGCACUCUCUGAAUGGGAAAGAAGGCCGUUCCCCAGCGCUCGGGCAGGAGAUAUUCACAGGCCUGUACGCCGGCUCCAGCACGACACACAAUGGAGCCCCACUUGAGUUGCUCUCUUCUGGACCUGACCUGCCCCCCAGGCAGCCCCGCCUGGACCGCGACAUUGGCAGCCCCCACCAUCUCUCCCCGCUGUCUGGCCUCGAGAACAACCGGGAAGGGUUAUCUGGAGCUUUGCUGUCUCCAGGGAUCAGUCUGCUGAAGGCCACUACGUCUCCUCCACCAACACUAGAGAAGCAACAGAACUCUUCUUCCAGCCAGCAACACCUCCACACUCACCAUAAACCCUACACCGCCUUCCACAACCUACCUUCAAGUGAGGAUUACCGUGGCAACUUCCAGAGCUGUUUCCAUUUUGGUGACGGCUACAGAAUGGACCAGUCCAUUAGCGGCCAUCAACCUGAGUCCCACAGCUUCAACACAAACCCACACAAUGGCUUCCACAUGAGCUGUUCCACCAGCACCUCUUCCACAGGUUUCAGCUUGGUACCAGACAUCAUAGGAUCAGGCUGCCAGUUCUCACCGGGCACAGAGGAGAGCGUUUUCUUUCAGGUGGGCGGCUUCGAUCGUGGCUUGAGCCAAAUGUCGUCAGUGUACACAGAGACAUAGGACCAGCUUACCUUGUCAGCCAUCAAUACAAUUGUCGUCUUUCAGACCAAAAUGUUCUUUUCACCUCUGCAGUUUCAACUUGUCAAUUCAACUUUUUAAAAAAAAAAUCCCUAAAA